UACACGUAUAUAUAUACACGCCAUUGAAUGUAUUAUCUCCCCCUAACGAUACUCUAAAGACGGCAUAACAAAACAUGACUCGUUCUCCCUCUAUUCUUCUCCCUUGUUCUGCUGCUUAUACAUCACUCUUCUCUGUUAACGAAAGCAGCUUUCAUUUUUUCGGUAUAUCACGUUACGGAUCGACAUAUUAUUACAUACUAUAUUCGUAGUAUGUGUGUGUGUAUAGUUCUUUUGUAUAAUACGAAGAAUGAUGUAUUUCACUUACAAUUUAGUAAAAUUGUGCGAAACGUUCACGAAAGCGUCAAAUCAAUAGAACGUAUUCGUUGCUAGAGAAACUAUGUAUAUCGAAUAAACAUUCGAGAAUUUUCAGAGAAGUGCAAUGUUGAUCAAAAAGAAAGUUCGUGAAGCAGUAAUUGUCGGACAAGAUGAUCACUGUAAACAAUAUCAUUUUAAGUUAAGGCAAGUUAAAUCAGCCAUCGACAUGAGUCCUCCAAAAAAUAGAUCCCAUGUUAUUUUCAAUGCAAAACGAGCGCAAUUAGAGCGAGAAAGACAGGCACGAAUUGUGAAAGAUAAUUUUAUUCUUUUACAAAAACUUACUGCCAUUAUGUAUCGCAAACAAAUCAAGGAAAAAUAUCAACGUAUAAGAUGGCAGGAAUCGAAGUGUAUAAAAAUACGCUAAAAUUAUUAAAAAAAUUACUGAAAUAUUCGAAUUUUAAAUUGUAUAUCGUAUCUUGUAUCUUAUACAUUGUUUAGCAAUAAAUAUUAAUUUCUU